CAGAUGUGAGUGGGGCGCUGGGUGUGGAAAUACAGAGAGGGAGCAUGAUAUUAAGAGAGAGAUGACAGAAAGAAAUUAGUCCAGGUUUGAUAGGAACUGAGAUCAACACCGCUCUGCAGGGUUAUCUAAGCUCACCAGCAGUGACAGACACUCCACGCAAGAUGAACAAAUGUCCCGCUGCUAUUAAUAGCACUGCUAGCCCAGCCCGUGCUAACGGUAGCUAUGCUAAGUGUGGCCAGAUGAGUGAAAAAGUGUCUGAAUCUAACCCUGUGAGUCUCAGAGCACAGAACAGAGACUGCAAGAGCAGACACAGACCGGAACACGUCACGACACAUAGCCAGGAGCCCAGAGAGAAACCUUCCUCCGCCUCCACCUCGAAUGGGGCCGUGCGUUCCCAUCAGCGGAGGUGGUCAGCCGACUUUUGCAAGUGUGGGACGUCCCCUGUCAUCACUGUGACCAAGAACAAGAAGGAACCCCAGCCUCCUCAGCGUGGAGUAUCCCUCCUCCGACCCCACACAGCCUCCCGUUAUUCAGCCAAACGCAACUCCUGCCCCCCCAUCGGUGCCUGUAGCUCACCAAGUCGCCCAUCCUCCUCUACCUCCUCAUUGUCCUCGACUUCUUCCUGCUCCUCUCCUCCUCCUGUCCCGACAUCUGUCAUCACAGGCCACGACCCUCGAGGCUGGAAGCUUCGUCCCAAGUACGGCGCCGCCUCCCCGCUGGCCCGCGCUAACAGGCUGUCUCUGCAGAUCCCCCUCCCAGUCAUCUAUCAUGAACCCGAGUCCAGUCCCGCUGCUGACUCUCAAUCAGUCAACACAGCUCUUCCAGAUCCCUCUCCUACAACCAAACCCCCCGUCAGGCCCAAGCCACCCCGUCGCCGCCACUCCGACUCCUCCGCCUUCCUCAGAUCCCUGGCGAGCCCUCUGCCCGUGGUGACGCUCGAGGAGCUCUCCGCCAUGCGUCUCCGCCCCGCCGGCCUUUUGGAUGAGUCCGACGAUGUCUUCGGCGGGGGGGAUGAAGAGGAGGAGGUGAAGGUGAACACUCGGCCGCGCAAAAUAGGGCCACCUGUUCCCGAGAAAACCGCCAUGGCGAGACAAAUAGCACAACUGAUGGCUCAUUCACACCGACGCUGCAGACCGGUUCCAGCUAAUGGGGAAAUCAUUUACACCAGGGUUAUAAAGCCAAAACCUACACACCAGACGGAGGAACACAGCGCCCUGAAUGCUAGGACAACUGGGCUGCGUGUGGCCACCAGCUGCGACAGGGAGAGGGCCAACCCCCGCUUUCCUGGCUGAGGAGACUCCUUCAACCUCCAACACCGCUAACUACCAGGAACUAUUGUACAGAUUACAGUACAUACUGUAUGGGCUGGGGAUGGGACCUAGGGCUGGGCAAUAUAUCGAUCAAUUGAUCGAUAUAUGAGGCUAGAUAUUGUCUUAUAUU